AUGGCCCCCGAUCGCAACCGAAAGGGCUGGUUUGAUCGGGAAUCUCGGCAAACAGGUGCAAAACUUCGAUUACUAUCGAUCGACAAUCGACCGAUGCCCAAAAAUUUCCUUUCGGUGGCCCCCGACAAAGCAUUUGGUCGAGGACCAUCGAAAAAAACCAGUGGCUUGGUCAUGUUGAGUGGGGGUGGUCCAGAACGUGCAUUAGAGGAGGCGUCGCAUGUGUUGGUGGUGCAUGACUCGACGUUAACCGGUGACUAUAUUCACCAUCGCGUACUGCAUUUAUUACAUCGAUAUCCGCAUCUAACAUCAUCUUUAGUCAUCAAUAAA